ACUACAACUUUCAGCAUGCCCGGGCAGCCUUUGGCUAUGAAUGCUUCUUAUAAGUCAGUGUUUCCCAACCAGCGUGCCUCUGGCUGUUACAAAACUACCACUCCCAGCAUGCCCACUGGAGGUUUGAGGAGGAGGUUUGUUACAGAGUGUCACCCCAGUAGCAAGGUCUGGGAAUGCUGGGAGUUGUAGUUUUGCAACUAGUUGGAGGCACAUUAGUUGGAGAACACUGUAAUAACUAGUGGUUCAGUAGCAUCAGCUAUCAUGACACUCAUGUCGUGAGUGAGUCUGAAGACCCCCACAGUUUUCCAGAUGCGACAGUCAUCUCCCUGCCCCGGCUGUGUCUGUAGAACGCCUUUUUAGAGUGGAGCACUGAACGCAGCGGCAGUGCGCUUAGCGUCCAGCAGGUGGCAGCAGCACACCUGUAAAGCAGCAAGCAGCCAUUUAAAGAACACAAGGAGAAGUGUGAGCUGUCAGUCCCGGGCCGGCUCCUGCCGUUGCUACAGCUUCCUAUAAGGCACCGAGCUGGCACACGGAGCAGGAGGCAUAAGCCAUUUUGCCAGUGCUGGGACGAGCUGGUUUCCCGGGGGCGGUGGAGGCUCUGAUCACUGCGGGGAUCCAGAAGACGGCAGCGGUAUCGGCGGGGACGGCUCCCGGAGGUCCUGCCUGCCCCUCAUCCCAUUCAUCAGAGGAGCAGCAUCUCACCAACCCCCGAGCCGCGUCCUGCCUGCUGCAGACAAUAGUCCGGGAUACAUGUCUGCUCCCGGGCAGCUGCUACACACUCGGAGACAUCCAGCGAGCGCUGCCAGCGGGAGAGGGGCACUCCUCACUGUCCUGCCCGUCUUUGUAUAGGGGCAUCCACCUGGAAGACACAGGGCACCGGGGUCUGCGCUGUGGGCACCCAGUCUCUGCAGCCCAGCACCCUCCGGGGACAUAGGAGACAGGGUGCAGGGGCUGUUUUGUGGGCGUCAGUAAUAAACUAGCACACACAGCAGCACCGGCUCCAGCAGCCGGCACCCUCCCGGGAGCACCUGCCGCCCGCCCGCCCGCCGAUGGGGCAUCGGGCUGAGGAUGGCACACUGAUGCCCGCCACAAGUUGACAGGCUGGGAGGAAUACAGGAAGUUUUCUAGAUGCCAGCGGCAUCCACAGAGUGCGGGACAAGGGAGGCAGCGCUGUAGAAAGGAGGACCCUCCAUCCAGCCCAGGGAGAGGCUGAGCCUGGCAGGACACCGAGCACGGCUGGCAUCCUGGGAUAGUAGUCUGCUGCCAGUGUAUGGAGCAGGUAUAGCGUGUGCCCGGUCCUGCCCUCUGGGGGUAGCAUUGGGAUAGCCCAGCCUGCCGAGCACGUAGGAGGACAACAAAAACAUCUGAGACUUGUCUCCGUGCCCCCUCCCCCCACACACCCAGCCAGCACGUCCAUUACAUCCCCCCCCCCCCCCCCCUCGUCCUCCGCUCCGGGACCCUGUCAUUGUGCCAGCACCAUGGACAGCGACCGGGACAUGUACCGCCACUUCCAGGACUGGUGCCUCAGGACUUAUGGGGACUCAGGGAAGACCAAGACCGUGACCCGUAAGAAAUACGAGAGGAUCGUGCAGCUGCUGAACGGCUCCGAGUCCAGCUCCACGGAUAACGCCAAAUUUAAAUUCUGGGUGAAAUCUAAGGGCUUUCAGCUGGGCAGCGCGGAGGAGGGCAGCCUGGGGGACAAGCAGGUGCUCUACGUGCCCGUCAAGACCACGGAUGGCAUGGGCAUUGAAGAAAAGUUGUCCUUGAGGAGAGUGGCCGUGGUGGAAGAUUUCUUUGACAUUAUUUAUUCAAUGCAUGUGGAAACAGGACCUAAUGGAGAACAGAUUAGGAAGCAUGCCGGCCAGAAGAGGACCUACAAAGCUAUUUCAGAGACAUAUGCCUUUCUUCCCAGAGAAGCAGUGACAAGAUUUCUAAUGAGCUGCUCAGAGUGUCAGAAAAGAAUGCACUUAAAUCCAGAUGGAGGCGAACACAAAGAUAAUGGUAAACCACCCACUCUGGUAACCAGCAUGAUCGACUAUAACAUGCCAAUAACAAUGGCUUAUAUGAAGCACAUGAAACUGCAGCUCUUAAAUUCCCAACAAGAUGAGGAUGAAAGUUCUAUAGAAAGUGAUGAAUUUGAUAUGAGUGACUCUACCAGGAUGUCAGCUGUGAACUCUGACCUCAGUUCUAAUCUUGAAGAAAGGAUUCAGAGUCCCCAGAAUCUUCAUAGUCAACAGGAUGAUGAUUCCGCUCCAGAGAGUUUUAGUGGUAAUGAAACAUUGGGACAGAGCUCAAACGCAACAGGAGGAGCACAAAACCGGGAGACAACUGAAGCUAACGGCAAUGAAAAACCUAGUUCGGAACAGGAUGAGCAGCCAUUGAAUUUGAGUGACUGUCCGCUGUCAACUCCACUAAAUUCAGAAUUCCAAAUAGAUGAUCUCAGUAGUAAUGGAAAAACUAAGUACAAGAACCUUGUGAUUGGUGACAUCAAGAUGGAGCGAGAAGCAAGAGAGAAUGGAAGCAAGUCUCCAGCACAUAGCUACUCCAGUUAUGACUCCGGAAAAAAUGAGAGUGUGGGUGGUUGUGGUGAAGAUUUAUCUUUGAAUCGGGGUGAUGAAGAUGAAGAUGACCACGAUGACCAUGAGGAUGUUGAGAAGGCAACUGAAGCCGAUGGAGUAGAGGCAGAACGCCUGAAAGCUUUUAAUAUGUUUGUCAGGCUGUUUGUAGAUGAAAACUUGGACCGAAUGGUCCCUAUCUCUAAGCAGCCCAAAGAAAAGAUCCAGGCAAUCAUUGACUCAUGCAGGCGACAAUUCCCUGAGUAUCAAGAGCGUGCCAGAAAACGCAUACGCACUUACCUCAAGUCCUGCAGGCGGAUGAAAAGAAGUGGUUUUGAGAUGUCCCGACCUAUCCCCUCGCACCUCACCUCCGCUGUAGCAGAAAGUAUCUUAGCCUCAGCCUGUGAGAGUGAAAGUAGGAAUGCUGCCAAGAGGAUGAAGCUAGACCGCCAGCAGGAUGAACCAGCGCUGCCCGAUAAACCAUGCAAACAAGAAACCACACAGGUCACUUACUCCACGUCUGCUGUAUCCAGCACGCAAGAGGUGUUAUACAUCAAUGGGAAUGGGACUUACAGUUACCAUAGCUACCGGGGGCUAGGAGGAGGCCUACUAAAUCUCUCGGAUACUUCUAACAGUGCAGGGCCAACGGAUCUGAGCAUGAAGAGGCAGCUAGCGACUACUUCCACAUCAUCCAGCAACACAAGCUCCAGACCUCAGCUAAACCCUACCGAAGUUAAUGCAGUCAGGCAGCUAGUGGCCGGCUACCGGGAAUCGGCAGCGUUUUUGUUACGUUCUGCAGAUGAACUCGAAAACCUGAUCUUACAGCAGAACUGAGUCACACAACCUCUUCCCUGUCCUGGUUUAAUGCCGGCGUUCCACGAACGACAUGCUGACAAUGUAUAUGCCAAGAGUGGGCCGUCUGGUUGCCGCACUGAUGAGUAGAGGAGAUCAUUCCCAUUAUGCCACACUGUUUCCAGUCCAUGAGGUGAUGUUAAGGUGCUGCCGGUGAACUCGGGACCUCUGACAUUCUGCAGGUCUUUGAUGUGUCCAGCUUAUUGUUCUCGGUGUGUCAGUUUAAAUAUUGCAUAUGUGGCUGUAGAUCAUUAAGUCAUGUAAAGCGGCGGAGCAGAAGGAAGACACUAAGUUGUUAAAUUAUUUCCAAGUGCAAUAUUAGUGGAAUGUUCUCCUGCCUCUGGAAUUAAAGCUACACGACAUAGCAGGACAAAACGCCAACAUACACUCACGGUAGAACAAUUAAUGAAGGAUUGCAUAUUUUUUAAACAAUGUGAUUUUUUUAUAUGGUCAUUUUUUUCAUGCUGACAUUCUCAUUUCUAUGACCGUAAUCCUUUCACAUUCCACAUUAUUGAAUUGAGACAUUCUUUCCCCUAUCCCGCAGCUAUUUAUUUUUCUGAUUUCUUAUAAGAAAUAACGCACAGCGCCCGACACUUUACAUUUUACCAACUUCCACUAUGGGGUGACAGGAUUGAGGGAUGUGUACCUCAAUGCGGGUCCAAAUAAAGCCAUUUUCAAGUGAUAUGAUAUUUUCUAUAUGUUAACUAGUUAUUUCAUUUCAAUGUUUCUGUUAGAGUAGAGCAAAGGCCCAAAAGCUUCCGUGGUGGUACCUACUGAAGCAACCGAGAGAGUAUAUGGAAAUACUGAUAGUAAGUUAUAAGAUGUCAAUCCAGUCAAAGGCAACUUAUCACAUAAAGCCUUGAAGACGCAGGAUUUUUUCCAUUACAUAAAGGUACCUCAUAAAAUGUUACAGAUUUAGUAGAGUAGAGUAUAUGCUAGAAAUGGUAGAACAUUUUGAAGAACCUAUGGAGACCUUUCCUCAGCAUACUCUAGGCUGCAUGUUCUCGGCAGUCUGGAUGGAGGUCAUCGUCUCACAAAAUGGUUGAGUUCUUGUUAUCUAGACAGAAAUUCAAAAGAGACGGCGCCAUCCUGCAUUGACCAGUUAUGGAGUCUAAGGUGUGACUGACGACCAUCUCUAGGACAACUGGAGCUUCAGACAACAGCCAACAAAACUACUGAUCAGAAUUCCGAUGUUUACAGAUCUAUUUUGAAAUUAUUGUUGGUGAGAGUUUUGUGUGAAGUAUUCCUUAGCGACGUAACUAGGGUACAUAGAGUACACGUAGCAGGAUUCCCCCGGGCACUGUCAUCAGGUCAUGCAUUGUGGGAAUAUAGUCUGCAAAUACAUUACAAGCUAUCUAUAUGACCCAUCCCAGGGAACCUAUGUCUCUGCUCUUUUAUCAACACAUGAUUUUUGCUGCUCUUAAAGGGGUACUCUGGCGCUUAGACAUCUUAUCCCCUAUCCAAAGGAUAGGGGAUAAGAUGCCUGAUCGCGG